GAUCCACUUCCUCCCCGGAAAACGCGGCCGGAAGGGGUGGGCUUUCCACCGGGACCAGGCGCUUCUGCCACCAUGGCUUUACGGGGAGUUGUUGGCGUUUUCUUCCUCUCUGCUGUCCCCCUUGUGUGUCUGGAGCUCCGGCGUGGCAUCCCGGAUAUAGGAAUCAAGGAUUUUCUUUUGCUUUGUGGCCGGAUUUUUUUACUGCUUGCUCUUCUUACUUUAAUUAUUUCUGUGACUACCUCGUGGCUUAACUCAUUUAAAUCUUCCCAACUUCAUGUGAAGGAAGAGGAAGAGAAGAAUGAGAAAAGACAAAAACUGGUGAGAAAAAAACAACAAGAGGCACAAGGAGAGAAGGUCAGCAGAUACAUAGAGAACGUUUUAAAACCUCACCAGGAAAUGAAGUUGAAAAAACUGGAGGAGCACUUUUAUCAGAUGACGGGCGAAGCCUGGAAAUUAAGCAGUGGUCACAAACUUGGGGGUGAUGAAAGUACAAGUCAGACAUGUUUUGAAACAUCAAACAGAGAAGCAGCAAAGAGCCAGAACUUGCCUAAACCUUUCACUGAAUUCUCAUUGCCUGCUGAACAGCCCACACGGAAGAAGAUUCCUGAUUUACCUGAAGAACCUUCUGGAACAGCGGAAGAGGUGGUUACUGUUGCUCUCCGAUGUCCCAGUGGGAGUGUCCUGAGGAGAAGGUUUUUGAAGUCCUGCAGCUCACAGGUCUUAUUUGACUGGAUGAUGAGAAUUGGGUACCAAACAUCUCUAUACAGCCUUUCUACUUCCUUUCCCAGACGGCCUCUGGCAGUGGAGGGAGGCCAGUCGCUGGAGGACAUUGGAAUAACCGUGGACACUGUACUCAUCCUGGAAGAGAAGGAGCAGAGCAACUAGGGAAGAAGAGAGCUCCCUGUUCUGCAUGAACUCAGCUGUGCCAUGACCUUCUGGCACAAUAAAGGUUUCAUGUUGAAAGUCACACUAUACCUCAAUUGAGCUCAGGGCAGUAAACACUUGAAUGCUGCUAUCUGUGGGAAUAGGAUUGGAAAAGGAUUGCUUUCUGCAUAUAAUAAUCUGUGGACUGUUCCAUUUUACAAUGUCCCAAAUGAGAAUGAGGUAAACAUGUGUACAGUUAGGUACUCAGUAAUUAAUAUUUUCCCAGCUGACAUUUCUCAGUGUGUUAGAAAACAAAGCUGUAGAACUUUGCUUUCUGCCUCUUCAAUCCAUCUUUCCACACAAUGAAUAUUUCAUGAUUUAGUCAGAUCCUUCAGAGUCUUAGCAGGAAUGUUUAUUCUGCUGUAUUUCUUUGAAAUUACAAACUUGAAAGAAGUUUCAAAGUUCUUGAAGGCUUUAAAGUUCUUUCUGAUGGGUAUGCAUUGCAGUUGACUGAACUCAUGUUUGCAAUUUAUAUAAUUUUUUCUUGUAUUAAUUGUAACAUUUAAAGUUGCAAGUGAAUCAGUAUUUUUAAAAAUAAAACUAUGAAAACAUUAAAAUAUAGGUGAAUUUUUAAAAA